CACAAGCUAGACUAAACACUUGACAUCACAAAAACACAUAAAUCUUUGGUACCCAAAAAAAAAAAAGAGAAACAAAUGCACCAACCAUGUCGCGGAGAUUCACCACCACCAAACUGCCUUCACGGCUGCUUCUCAUCCUCACCGUUUCACGGUGCCACCACUUCCGAGCAUCCGUCAGAUUCAACUCCCACCGUCACUUCCGCCACUCUCCGCCGUGAUUUCGCUCAAACCACCGUCUCCACCAUCUUCCCGGACACUCAAUUCGCCGAUCCAAAUUCUCUCCCUUCUCUUCACGAAUCCUUCUCCGAUUUCAUCCAAGCUUACCCCAAUUACACCGACACUUACAAGAUCGACCGUAUCAGAUCCGACCAUUACUUUCACUUGGGUUUAUCACAUUACACGUGUCUUGAUUACAUAGGAAUUGGUUUAUACUCUUACUCUCAGUUACUCAACUACGACCCUUCCACUUACCAGAUCUCUUCUUCCUUGUCUGAAAGUCCUUUCUUCAGUGUUUCUCCCAAGAUCGGUAACCUCAAGGAGAAGCUUCUCAACGAUGGAGGUCAAGAAACAGAGUUUGAGUACUCGAUGAAGAGAAGAAUCAUGGGGUUUCUCAAAAUCUCCGAGGAAGACUACUCAAUGGUCUAUACCGCCAAUAGAACUUCAGCUUUCAGACUCGUCGCAGAGUCUUACCCGUUUAACUCAAAACGAAAGCUUUUGACGGUUUACGACUACGAGAGCGAGGCAGUGAACGAAAUAAACAGAGUCUCUGAGAAACGUGGAGCCAAAGUAGCUGUAGCUGAGUUCUCAUGGCCAAGACUCAAGAUCUGUUCAUCCAAGCUAAGGAAGAUGGUUACUGCUGGAAAAAACGGAAGCAAGAAGAAGAAGAAAGGUAUUUUCGUCUUUCCGCUUCAUUCUAGGGUUACAGGAUCUAGAUAUCCGUAUCUAUGGAUGAGUGUGGCACAAGAAAACGGGUGGCAUGUAAUGAUCGAUGCUUGCGGUUUAGGACCUAAGGAUAUGGAUAGCUUCGGUCUUUCGAUAUAUAACCCCGAUUUCAUGGUGUGCUCGUUCUACAAGGUUUUUGGAGAAAACCCUUCCGGAUUCGGUUGCUUGUUUGUCAAGAAAACCACCAUUCCGAUUCUUGAAUCUUCCACUGGAUCAGGUAUGGUUAACCUCGUACCUACCAACAAUCCGAUUUCACUACACGCGUUGGAAAUCAACCGGACAGAAGACACAGAAUCUGAAGAGACAUAUAGCUUUAGUUCUAGUGUCGAAUACAAAGGCCUAGAUCAUGUGGACUCACUAGGGUUGGUAGCAACAGGGAACAGAUCAAGAUGCUUGAUCAACUGGUUGGUAAGUGCUCUGUACAAACUCAAACAUUCGACAACUAGCCGUCUCGUUAAAAUCUACGGUCCAAAAGUUAAUUUCAAUCGAGGACCAGCGGUUGCGUUCAAUCUAUUCAACCAAAAGGGAGAAAAAAUCGAACCGUUCAUCGUGCAGAAGCUAGCUGAUUGCAGCAAUAUCUCACUCGGAAAAGGUUUCUUGAAGAACAUCAUGUUCGAAGAGGAAUACGAAGGAGUGAAAGAGAAGAGAAGAAACAGAGACGCCGACGAACAGGGGAUCUCUGUUCUCACUGCCGCGUUAGGGUUUCUUGCGAAUUUUGAAGAUGUUUAUAAGCUUUGGAUAUUUGUUGCUCGGUUUUUGGAUUCGGAGUUUGUAGAUAAAGAGAGUGGGAGAUGUGGUGUUCAUGUUUAUGAACACAAGAACCGUGAAAUUGUCUAGUUUCGGCUCGGUUUGGGUUGGUUAAUAAACCGGUUCAACUAUCAAUAAAACGUAGUUCGGUUAUCAAGGUCAGAGUGCGAGAGUGAUGUAGUCGAAUGUCAAGGCCCAUUAUCAGGCCCAAAUUGGUUCAGUAGCUAAGAUGUGAUCUACACCGUUGAUUUGAUAUGGGAGUAUAUAAGAAUUAAACGAUGAUCUUUGAGGGGGGCCUUCUUCCAUUUUUGUAGGGUUCUUGGAGAGGAUAAG